UGAUUUACUUUUGCAAAUUUAGACGCUCGCUUCCUAAGUAUAGCGAUGGAGGUAUUUUGGGAAUACCGGAGGGCGCUGGUGUCUGCCGGGUGCCAAAAGUAAAAUUCAAAGCAAUAUGUAUGAAGACUGAAAUAAGAUACUGUGGCCCAAAACAAAUAUUCGCUUCUAGCUUUCUUCUACAUUGCGCUACGCCCUAGUUUCUCCUCCUUCACAGAGAAAAAAAAAUGGCGACUUUUCCAUUGUUUCAGCGGGCACGGACCUCAAUGCUUUCUUCGAAGCUACGAACAAAUUAUAUCUAUGGAAACAACUACUUCUGCAAAACCUUGAGUACUUCUGCAAUCCCAAACGAGUAUGGUAGAUUCUCUCAUCAACCACAACCACCUUCUGAUCAUAACAACACACCCUUUCAACCACCUCAACAACAUUUCAAUCAUCAUAAUCAAUUUCCGAAUCAUAAUAAUAAUCAAAAUGUUCAACAGGGUCGAUUUCCUCCUCAACAGGGUUGGAAUCCUCAAAAUCGACCACCACCUCAAAAUCCUAAUUUCCGGCCACCACCUUCUCAAAACCCUAAUUUCCGGCCACCCAUUCGUCAAAAUCCCAACUUUCAGCCACCCAAUAGUCCCAAUCGAUCGAAUAACCAGAAUCAGUGGAACCCACAAAAUGGUAACCCCAACCAAUUUCAAAACCCUAAUAACCAAUUUCAAAACCCUAAUAAUCAAUUCCAAAACCCUAAUCAGUUGAAUGAACGAGGUUCUGUUCAAGAACAAGCUCCUCCGCCUCCUUCAAUUGUUGAUUUGAUACGUUUUUGUAGAGAGGGGAAGGUUAAAGAAGCGCUUGAAUUGAUGGAAAAAGGUAUCAAAGCUGAUGCUGAUUGCUUUAAUCUUUUGUUUGAGUUGUGUGGUAAAUCGAAAUCCGUUGAGGAUGCUAAGAAAGUGCAUGAUUACUUUCUACAAUCUACUUUUAGGAGUGAUUUCAAGUUGCAUAACAAGGUGAUUGAGAUGUAUGGGAAUUGUAAAAGUAUGACUGAUGCACGUAGGGUGUUUGAUCAUAUGCCUAACAGAAACAUGGAUUCUUGGCAUAUGAUGAUUCGUGGCUAUGCGAAUAGUACUUUGGGAGAUGAGGGUUUGCAGUUAUUUGAGCAGAUGAAUGAGCUUGGUUUGGAGAUAACUUCAGAGACUCUGCUUGCGGUGUUAUCGGCUUGUGCCAGUGCAGAGGCUGUGGAGGAUGGUUACAUAUAUUUGGAUUCCAUGAAAAGCAAGUAUGGAAUUGAACCAGGAGUAGAGCACUACAUGGGGCUUUUGGAUGUUCUUGGACAAUCUGGAUACCUGAAAGAAGCCGAGGAGUUUAUUGAGAAGCUGCCAUUUGAGCCUACAGUGACAGUAUUCGAGACACUCAAGAGUUAUGCUAGAAUUCAUGGAGAUAUUGAUCUUGAAGACCAUUUUGAGGAGUUGAUAGUUAGUCUUGACCCAUCAAAGGCUGUUGUCAAUAAGUUCCCUACACCACCUCCCAAAAAGUAUACGGCAAUUAGCAUGCUCGAUGGAAGGAACAGAAUCAUUGAGUAUAAGAAUCCUACUCUCUACAAGGAUGAUGAGAAGUUGAAGGCUUUGAGUAGUAUGAAAGACUCUGCAUAUGUUCCUGAUACAAAAUAUGUUCUUCAUGACAUUGAUCCGGAAGCUAAGGAGCAGGCUUUGCUCUACCACAGUGAACGUUUAGCGAUUGCCUAUGGUCUUAUUAGUACUCCUCCUAGAACACCUCUUAGGAUUAUCAAGAACCUUCGUGUCUGUGGUGACUGUCACAAUGCCAUCAAGAUCAUGUCUAGGAUUGUAGGUAGGGAACUGAUUGUCAGAGAUAACAAAAGGUUUCAUCAUUUCAAGGAUGGAAAAUGCUCUUGUGGGGAUUACUGGUGAAGGAAUCAUUAUUUCAAAUUCUAUGCGGCAGCUCCGACAGAUGUGUGUGGAACAGUGGAAGCUUUCAAUGGUGCUAGGGAUAGGAGAUGAAUGAAGUAUGUAGUAUGAAUUGAUUUGAAGUAUAUUUGCUUCUUGUUCAUAUAUUAGCACUACUCCCUCUCUUCUCAUACCCAUCGCAAUAUCCUCAUAAACUUAAAAAUUGCUCUUGUAUGGUUUUGUUUAUUUAAUUAAUUUUUAGUUCUAGCCACUUCAAUUUUGCUCCAGCAUGAUCCAUGUAAGUAUGUAGAACAAGUUUGUUUUUGAAAAUGUGUCAAACGCUUUAAGCUUCAUAUCUAUAUCUAUAGCUGGUUGGGGGGAAAAA